AUGUCUGCUCCCGCCCACAAGUUCAAGGUCGCUGACCUUUCUCUUGCCGCCUUUGGCCGCAAGGAGAUCGAGCUCGCUGAGAACGAGAUGCCCGGUCUCAUGCAGACCCGAGCCAAGUAUGCUGCCGACCAGCCUCUCGCCGGUGCCCGCAUCGCUGGUUGCCUUCACAUGACCAUCCAGACCGCCGUCCUCAUCGAGACCCUCACUGCUCUCGGUGCUGAGGUUACCUGGACCAGCUGCAACAUCUUCUCCACCCAGGACCACGCCGCCGCUGCCAUUGCCGCCGCCGGUUUUCCCGUCUUCGCCUGGAAGGGUGAGACCGAUGAGGAGUACAACUGGUGCCUCGAGCAGCAGCUUACUGCCUUCAAGGACAACAAGAAGCUCAACCUCAUCCUCGACGACGGUGGUGACCUGACCACCCUUGUCCACCAGAAGUACCCUGAGAUGCUCAAGGACUGCUUCGGUGUCUCCGAGGAGACCACCACCGGUGUCCACCACCUCUACCGCAUGCUCCGUGACAACAAGCUCCUUGUCCCCGCCAUCAACGUCAACGACUCCGUCACCAAGUCCAAGUUCGACAACCUUUACGGCUGCCGUGAGUCCCUUGUUGACGGUAUCAAGCGUGCUACCGAUGUCAUGAUUGCUGGCAAGGUCGCUGUCGUUGCCGGUUUCGGUGAUGUCGGUAAGGGUUGUGCUAUGGCCCUCCACGGCAUGGGUGCUCGCGUCAUUGUCACCGAGAUUGACCCCAUCAACGCUCUCCAGGCUGCUAUGGCCGGUUACCAAGUCACCACCAUGGAGAAGGCUGCCAAGUUCGGUCAGAUCUUCGUCACCACCACUGGAUGCCGUGACAUCCUCACUGGCGAGCACUUCGAGGCUAUGCCCAACGAUGCCAUUGUUUGCAACAUUGGCCACUUCGAUAUCGAGAUCGACGUUGCUUGGCUCAAGAAGAACGCCACCUCUGUUCAGAACAUCAAGCCCCAGGUCGACCGCUUCCUCAUGCCCAGCGGCCGCCACAUCAUCCUCCUUGCUGAGGGCCGUCUCGUCAACCUUGGCUGUGCUACUGGCCACUCUUCUUUCGUCAUGUCCUGCUCUUUCACCAACCAGGUCCUUGCUCAGAUCAUGCUUUACAAGGCCGCUGACAAGUCUUGGGGUGAGAAGUACGUCGAGUUCGCCAAGACCGACAAGCUCGACGUUGGUGUCUACGUCCUCCCCAAGAUCCUCGACGAGGAGGUCGCCCGUCUCCACCUUGACCACUGCCAGGCUGAGCUCUCCACCCUCAGCAACGUCCAGGCUGAGUACCUCGGCUUGACCGUCGAGGGUCCCUUCAAGGCCGACAUCUACCGCUACUAA